AUGGUAGUUAAACAGUGGACUGGGAAGAGUGUUCCAUUUGAAGCUGCCGAAGAAACCGACGCGCAAGGUAUGAGGAGGAUUCACUCAGAAAUGCUAAUGUGCCAUCUCGCCUACUCACCCAACCCGCUCAGUCGGGAUAUUCUUAGUGAACAUCACUCCUUGGACUUGGAGCAAGAAAAACAAGACCUGUAUAGUAGAUAUUUCCCCAUAUCAAUAUCAGGACGACAACCAUUCAUUGUUAAAAUAGAGCCUUUUAAGCCAUGCAGUGCCCCGUAUCGUAUUAAUGGCUAUCGGGCGUCAGUGUAG